UUUUGUUCGCGUGUGGAUGUUCAAAUGGACCCAACAUCUCAUGUUUUAGAAGGAGAAACAUCCAUGGAGUCACUUUCUCUCUGACAAGGAGUAUGCUGAGUCUUUCUAUUGGACCAGAAGGUGUGUUUGAACUGCUGUCCUUGGUGAUCUCUGGGAUGAAAUCUAUAAUGGACAGAAAUGAGGACUUUGCGUUUCUUAAAAGCAUGAUCAUGGAAAGGAGAUUCCAUCUACUGGUCAAGAUCCACGCGAGGUUGAGGCGGUUUGGAAGAAGGAAUCCUGUCCCGGUCCGGGAUAACGCAAAGAGUCUGGCCUGUAACUUGGCUGAGGAGCUGUGGACUCAAGUGGCCAGUGCUGAAUGUUCAGAGUUGAUCAGCCUGCUGUCCAACCCACACAUCAAGGGCCUUCUCUCUGUUCACGACACAGUAGCACAGAAAGGUUAUGACCCCGAGCUGCCACCCCUACCUGAUGACAUCGAGGAAGAGGAUGAGGACUCUGUGAAGAUUAUAAGCCUGGUCAAAAGCCAGGAGCCACUGGGGGCCACCAUAAAGAGGGAUGAAUCCACUGGAGCUAUAGUUGUAGCAAGGAUCAUGAGAGGGGGUGCUGCAGACAGAAGUGGUCUGAUUCAUGAGGGCGAUGAGCUAAGGGAAGUCAAUGGAGUCCCAAUGGAGGAUAAGACACCGGAGGAAAUCAUUCCUAUUCUGGCUCAAUCGCAGGGAGAGGUGACGUUUAAAGUGAUACCGGUACCUGGCACCAAGGAAGAGCUGUCAGCCAAUGAGACUAUGUUAUUUGUGCGGUCGCUCUUUGACUACAACCCUGAGGAGGACCCCGCCAUCCCCUGCAGACAGGCGGGGUUGGGGUUCAAGAGGGGGGACGUCCUUCAGAUCGUUAGCCAGGAGGACGACACCUGGUGGCAGGCCUGUCGUCAUGGUGACAGCAACUCCCGAGCAGGACUCAUCCCCUCCAGGCAACUUCAGGAGAGGAGAGUCGCUCUCCAGCGGCCCAAAGCCUUAUUUAAACCUCAGAGAGUCCAAAAAAGACUGACAGACAAGGAGGAAGUGGUGGAGGAUGCAGACUAUGGAGCUAUUACUGGAAUCCACAUCGCUGGUCUGAGGAGGAGUUUCAGGCUGGGCAGGAGAGGCAGUAGGAGUGGGAGUGUUGAGUCUAAAAGGAAGAGCCAGGAGAUGGGAGGAGUCACGCAGACCCCCACCUACCUGGAGGUGGCCCCGUACUGCAGGGACCCCAAAGAGGGCCGUCGGCUGGUCCUGCUGGUUGGGCCCAAUGGAGUUGGACUGAGUAAGCUGAAGAGGAGACUCCUGCUCUCGGACCCUGACCACUUUGGUGUCACUGUUCCACACACCACGAGAGAGAAGAGGAAGCAGGAGAAAGAUGGGGUAGAGUACCACUUUGUCUCAAGGCAGACGUUUGAAAUGGACAUCGUCAACCACAUGUUUUUAGAGUAUGGGGAGCACAGAGGGAACUACUACGGGACCAGUCUGGAGUCGGUGCACAAGGUCAUAGGGGAGGGCAAGGUGUGCCUACUCGAUGUGCAGCCUCAUAUUGUACAGCGUUUGCACACAACCGAGUUCAAACCGUGUGUUGUUUUUGUGAAGCCACCAUCGAUUCAGGAGCUACGUUUAAGCCGAAGGAAAGCUAAAUUCAUUUCCACCCAAGAUAUGACGAAACUGACAAAGACAUUUUCGGAAGAGGACUUUGAAGAUAUGAUUAGCUCAGCAGAAGCCAUGGAUCGCCAGUACGGCCACCUGUUUGAGAUGGUCAUCGUCAACGGCGAUUUCGCCAUGGCAUUCAACAAACUGAGGGCGGAGCUGGAAAAGCUUGAGACGGAGGAGCCUCAGUGGAUUCCUGUGGAGUGGACCAGUCACACCGAACUGAACACAGAGAGCUUGUGCUGAACACACUUUAAGAGCCUGGUCAAACAUGCCUCAUUCACACUCACAGGAGGCUGCUGAGGGGAGGAUGGCUCCUAAUAAUGGCUGGAAUG